UUUAGGUUUCAAAGUUCCUUACAGAACGGAUGACAUAAAGUAGCAGUGAUUAUCGCUUCUAUCAGCAAAAGCUACGCUCGAUGAGCUCGACAAGUAUCGGUCAGUUAAUGGCUGAUAUGCGUCAGCUUGUCAUCAACUUACAAACACGUGAACGUGCUACGGAUAGUGCACUUGCAAAAAGUCAGAUUGUUAAUGACAAAAUUUCUGGUAUGAAAGAGUACCAGGAAGAAGUGGCAAAUAUGAAUGACUGCUGGCGAAUGCAGGGUCGCAGAGUACUUGUUGCCGGCUUGCAACAGGAAAAUCGGCAAAUCUUGCAGUUACAGCAGGAGAAUAGAGAACUUCGACAAGCGUUGGAAGAUUGCGAAAAUACCCUGCAGUUAGUAAUGCAAAAGCAUAGGGAUGUUGUAACAAAGCUUGCGAAGCAAUUUCUUCUACCAUUCCAAACCUCAAUCGCACGGGAUAGCAGGAACUGUGAAGACUCUAUAAACGAAAAAAUCGUCAAUCUCUCAAGGUUACUGAAUGAAUGUCUUGCGGAUGGUGAAAGCGUUUCGAAUCAUGAUCAAGAAUUAAUUGCAAGGCUUGCAACAGAGAAUGCAUGCCUUAGGGAGCUGCUGAAUAUUUCAACUCACAACGAACCAAAUAUUGCACAACACUUCCUGGAUCUUGCAGGUGGUGGGAUACCGAAUUAUUCUAAUGGUCCUACAACUGACUAUGAUAAAAAAUGUGAACAAAGUGAUGAAGCUACGUUUACCGGAAGUCCACUCUUACACAACAAGGAAGAUAUCAGGCAGAAUUCCAUCUUGAUGAAGAAAUUGCCUGACACUAUCAUUAAGAAAAAUGCAAUGUCUCAUGCACAAGGGCGAAAACAAUGCGCUAAAUGAAUUUCACUGAUUGCUUACUUGUCGGGUUCUAUGUUCAAAUUUUGUUAUUUUUGCUUUUAUUUGAAAACGAAUGCCAGUUUCAAAAAAGCACUGAUCAAAGAAGUAAGAAAUGUCUCUGACAGGUGCAAUUUUGACAUGAUGUCAUCAGAAUUUAGUGCACUGAUGAUAAAAAGGAACUUUAAGCAAAUAUCUCCAAGGUAAAAGAUGAAUUUUAUUCAGAAACAACUUGAAUACACUUCGAACCUCUAUACAAUCAAAGGAUUUUUGAAAAUGCUCCGUGCAUAUGCCGCAUGUAUUUCUGCAUGCGUUUGAAAAACGUGCUAUAUCGAUUUGAGCUUGGAUUACUGUUUGGCUUUUGAAAUUAUGUAAGGACGAAAAUCGGUUUUUCAAACAAUUUCCCUUGAAGGAAGUUGCAACUGUUAUGAUCAGCAAAGACGCGGUAAGCUAGGGCAGCUUACAUUGUUCAAUUGGAUCUUACUCUUAGACAUGAUGGUUAUU